ACUGCAUUAACCCAAUCCUCUGUCGUGCCAGAGCCAGACAUUGCUUGCUUACUUCCCCUUAUAAAUCCCAUUUUACCAACCCCAACAUCCAUCAUUCCUUCCAACUUCAAAGCCAGACCAAGAUUUGGAGAAGAAGAAGAAGAAGAAGAAGAGAGAUCUAGAGAGAGAAAACUGAGAAGAAAUGGCGAAACGUUUCAAGCUGCGACUUUUCCGACUGAUCCCGUCCUUCCAGAAUUGCCGUUCCAAAGACCCUUCAGUACUGCCAGUGGACCCACAUCCCAUCUUCUUCCGACUUUCCCCCACCACCUCAACCGCCAACAGUAACAAAAUUGAUUUUCCGGCGACCCCAGCAGCCUUACCUGUCCUGGACCCACCACCACCACCACUACUACCGAACCCAACACCGAAGCCUUACCAUUCAUCCCUCAAACGCCACGUUUCUUCCGCUUUCAUAUCCGUGGGCUGCGGCUUCGGAUCGAAAUCCGGCAAGCACCACCUCUCCGACGACGACGACAACCUCGAUUCUACCGAAUAUAGAUGGAAACAGAACGACAAGUGGCACGUCAUUGCGCGGGUCCAACACGAUCCACCUGCACCUGCACCUGCACCUCGCCGGAAAAUUCACAACUCAUCCGUCUCCAGCGGCACCGACGCCGAUGUCUCACCAUCGCCGAUAUCUGUAACUGAUACGGACUCGAAGAACAAAAGGAGGAAGAAAAAGAAGAAGUGCAAACAACCCAGGAUUCGGAUCAGCACCUCUUCCGGCGAUAGCGGCUGGUUCAGCAGCGAAGGUGGCGAAGACGACGGCGAAGAAACUGAAACUCUUGUCUCCUCCUCUCGGAGUAUCUCCACCGACUUGGAAACCAUAAACGAAUCUCCCACCAAAAAUGGAUCAAGACCCAAGAAGAAGAAGAACCACAGGAGGGUCAGGAGGCCGAAACGCUACUCCUCAAGAAACGAGAAAACAUGUUCGUCGCCGGGGACUGAUUCUCCGGCGAGAUUGUCGGUAUUCCAGAGGCUAAUCCCUUGUACGGUGGAUGGGAAAGUGAGGGAGAGCUUCGCGGUGAUAAAGAGGUCAGAAGACCCAUACGAGGAUUUCAAGCGUUCCAUGUUAGAGAUGAUCGUUGAGAAACAGAUGUUCGAGGAGAGAGAAUUGGAGCAGCUUCUCCACUGUUUUCUCUCUCUAAACUCACGUCAACACCAUGGAGUCAUCGUUGAAGCUUUCUCGGAGAUUUGGGAGGCUUUCUUCUGUAAAUCCCCAAGGACUCAACUCGCUCUAGAGACUCCAUGAAGUCUUGAAGAAAAAUCUGAACAAACAAUAUUAUUCCAUAAUAGGAUUGAAAAUUAAACCAUGCACCUUACUUAUUUGUAUCUUUUUUAUCCUUUUAGCUUCUUUUUUUUUUUUUUUUUUUUUUUUUCUUAUGAGUUAUAAUUAAUUAAUGACUGGUUCUUAACUUUGGAAUGGGUUAGCAUGGAGAAUGUGAAUGAAUGCAAUCUAAACUAGUAUGUGGUUGCAGAGUUGGAAUUUGGAGGUUUUGAGGGGAAGAAGGAACUUCUUACUUACAGUGGCAUGAGGA